AUGAUCUAUAAAGGUAAAGUUUUCGGAGACGAUAUAGUACCAUUUGACGCGAUUUGUCGGAGCGUGGAACCAAUAGCGAAGAAACUUGGUGUACCAUUGAAUAGCGCUGCUGACUGGAUUGAAACAUGGGAGGACUAUAUGAGUCGUGCAAAUAUUGCGCACAUUCUUUUCGACAGGCCUGAAAAGCUCCCUAUUGAGUGCGUCAGUCAUAUCCCUUACUCGAAAUCACGGAAUGAACAUCCGUCAUCGUAUGCUUUUGAAUCCGUUGAUUGGAACAACAUGGCAUACAAGUCACAAAGAAGUGCUGUACCAGAUCAGAAAAGUUAUCGAAAUUCUCAGACUUCUAACAUGGAACCACAUCAUAAGUAUUACGCGCGGCAGCGAUAUGUAUCCAGAGAUUCAGAAUCUUCUGACGAUGAUCUGGACUACUCUGGGGAAGAGGAGGAAUUUCAUGAACCCCGAUCAGCAAGACAUUCUCGCUUACCUAGAGGGUACAGACAAGACGAUGGGCCAAGUGAAAAGCCUGAAAACAAGAAGUUGAAGUAUGCAGGCAUGAUUGCUGAAACGGUGACAGCUAAUGCCAUUGGAGAUGUGUUUGGGUUGAUAUUCGAGUCUGUUAUUGGGGCUAUUUUGUAG